AUGGAACAUUUUUGUGACGCUGGUACGUUUGGAGAUAACUGCAUAGAGUUCUGUCACUGUCAAGGUCAACCGUGUAACUAUACAACUGGAGAGUGCGUGGGUGGAUGUAAACAAAACUGGACUGAAAAACAGUGUGAUGUGUGUGAUUCAGACCACUAUGGUUUACUGUGCAAUGCUACAUGCUCCAACAGACACUGUGAUCAAACUAACGGAACAUCCAGGUGUGACAACAUAACAGGACAAUGUGACUAUGGGUGUCAACCAGGCUACACGGGAACAGAUUGCACACAAAAAUGCCGUGCUGGUAUGUUUGGAUCUGGUUGUAAGUUAAACUGCAGUGAACGACACUGUGAUGGAGACAAUACGACGUGUGAUGCUCAAAACAGAACAUGUGAAGACGGUUGUAAGCCUGGAUGGAAGAAACCAAGUUGUAUGGAACCAUGCGACACUGGCCUGUAUGGCGCCAGUUGUGCUUUUAACUGCACAAGAAGGCACUGUCUGAAUAAAAAUGCGAGCUGUGAUCACGAGAACGGUUCCUGUGGAGGACAGUGUGAAGAAUCCUGGAUGGGAGACGACUGUAUUGACUGCGAUGAGACAUACGGCAGAGAUUGCAGUUAUUCCUGCCGUGACAGGAAGUGCAGGAACUCUUCAGCAAAAUGUGAUCAUGUGACAGGGUCUUGUGGUGGAACAUGUCAAACUGGUUGGAAAGGAGAUGCUUGCACUCAGACUGUUGAGCCAGAAUCUGGAACCCAAGUAGUACUUAUUGCUAGCAUUGCUGUCGCUGCUGUUGUCGUGAUUGCCGUGGUCGUCAUCGUGGUUGUGUUUCUCAGAUGGAGGAGAAAACUACGAACAGAAAACAUAAAUGAAACACUUGUUUUGGGAAGAGCUUCCAGAUCAAAAGGUAAGACACAUGAAGCCAUUGAAACGAACGUCUAUGUCAACGUUGGCAUGACGUCGACAUUAAAGGAACAACCCAUUUGUCAUCAACCAGAAUAUAUCCCAGUGGUUGCUGUGCAGCAAAGAGUAAAGGCUCGUGGUGAACCACCAAAGGGAGGUACCAAGGACAAAGUCAAGAGAGGUAACACAUACUAUAACGUGGAGAUAAGCGACCCACAUGAUGAAGAUAUUACUGAUGCAGUCGCCAUUAUAGAUGCAGACGACAAAAGCGAUGAAGGUCAGACAGAAAAUGACGUUCCACAACAUAACGCAUAUUACAAUAAACCGUUCAGUCUACCAGAAGUAGGAUUUGAUAUGACGGAGCUUGAAAGUUUAAUUCAGCAAAUCAGGAACCAGCGUGGAGGAUUUGAAGCAGAGUUCUUGAAACUACCCAGUGGAUUCAAGCAUCCCUAUGUAGAGUCACAGAAACCCCAACAUAAAGGGAAGAACAGAUUUGUUGGUUACUACCCAUAUGACAACAACCGCGUUGUUUUGUCCAAACUACCUAACUACCCUGACUCUGACUACAUCAACGCAAGUCACGUGGACGCCUACAACAAGAAGGAUUAUUUCAUUGCAGCUCAAGAGUACCUCAUCAUCUUGAUGGAACAGAUGGAAAAUAGACAGAAGAAACUCAAGUCUCACCCAGUGACCAUUGUCUUCAAUGUUUCUGACACAAAACAAGUGAUAUCGCUCUGUAUUAUGAACAAUAUCAUGUCUACUAUUUCGGUUGACAAGAUGGUUGAGAUUUUCAACAACGUCAGACGAUUCCUAGAUGUCUUGCCAAAUGUGGAAUUCACUGAGGAUACCUUUGUUCCUUUGCCAAUGGCAUUUGUGUACCUGGAAUCCACUGGCAUAUUAUAA